AUGGCCGAAAGCAAUUCAUUGCCUAGUGGAGGCAGACGCAACAACAAAAAAUUAAGCUGUAUCGAUCAUACAUACUUACAAACUUCAGACAACGAUACUAGCCAUCAUCGAUCUUAUUCUUUCGACGAAAACAUGAAUCAUCCUAGAGAAUCUGAUGUACCGGAAAGAACUUACCGGUCUAAUACUACGGCCAGCACUAGAAGAGAGCGCGUCAAACGGCAAUUACGAGAAGCAAGUGAAAAAGUAGAUAACUUAGAACGAAAGUAUUCUCAUCUGCAUAGAAGAAACGACGAAUUGGCAAUUUGUACGAGACAACUAGAUGAGACUUAUGAAGCUAUUGAGAUCAAUCAAAAUAAAGCAAGAGCUAAUUUAGAGAAAUUGCAGCGUGUUACCGAGAAAUCAGGGCUAUUUCGCUCUUAUAACAAUUCUUCGAACGAAACAGAAAAUCGAUCUCAGCGACUUCGACAGCAGUACACUUUAGACUCUUGCAGCAAUCUGGGAUCAAUGCGAAGUGGUGGAUUAUAUCGAACAAGUAGCGAGAUGAGUAUUCCAAGAAGUCAAGCGCAUUCUCCUACGGCAAGUACAAUUUCUGAUAUGACGACAAAUGCGGAAGAAAUGACUUGGGAAGAGUUAACUGAUGAAUUAGAAUUUCAAAAAAAUAGAGUAGCAUUCUAUGAAAAUAACUACAGAAAUGAGAAGAUGGACAGACAACGUGCAAUGACUGACAAGGAAGUCUUUAAGUUCAAAUUAGAGAAAGCAAAUAGUAAAAUUGAUGACCUGAAAAAGAAGGUGGAAAAUCUAGACAGCGAGUUAAAAAAUGAACGCGAUAAAAAUAGAUUAUUAAGACAUAAGUAUCCAUAUUCAAGAGUUAAAUUUCUGUUCUUACUAGCAUUAAAUAAGAAAGUGAUAGCUUUACUUUGCAAACGAUUGGUUAUUGAUAAUGUCGAUUUCAUCCAAUCAAGAACUUCUAAAUGCUCCUGUAAGACUUUGUGGAUUAAGGAUACAUUUACUAACAAUUGA